AUGGCAACCCCAAAGGCGACGAGCCAGAUACUUAUGACGGCAGGUGUGGGCACUGUCAGGCUCGCAGAGGAGACAGAGGCGCCCCAGGCGUCUACCUAUCCAGUAUCCAGUAGCGCUAGAUGGCAAGAUUGCUAUGGUCUACAGAGAUUCAAUGCCCCAGCGUUUUUCGGACGAGAAACAUUUGAAGUGGCCAGGAUUCGUGCACUUCCGAUCUGCCUCAAGAUUGAAUGGCUUGAUUUUUGCCUUGCCUACAUCUUUGCAAGCCUCACGGACAACUCCAACCAGUUUCAUCCCCAUAUCCAUUCUAUGCCUUAA